CACACACACACACACACACUUACACUUAGAUGGAGCUCAAAAAUCCCAUCCAUGAGCAUCCACUGAUCCUCAAGGAAGUGCAUAAUGAAGAAGGUAAGAAAGUUAUCUGCUACGGAUGUAGGGAACCAAUCUUAGACACUACAUACAGUUGCAAGGAGUGUGAAAAUUAUUUCCUGCAUAGAAGAUGUGCAGAACUACCCGCGGAGAAUAAAGACCCUAGACACCCCGGACACAGUCUCAACUUAUUGAAACGUUCGACUAGUAAGAACCAUUCAACUUACAUGUGUGAUGUUUGUAGAGGAACACAGGCUCAAUUCACUUACUAUUGUUCCCAUUGUCAUUUCAACAUCUGCGUGUUAUGUUUCUUGGAGGAGCCCAUGAUUACACUUCCGUGUCACGGGCACCAAUUAACUCUUCUACGCAGGUCAGCCAAUUUCAAUUGCAAUGCUUGCAAACUAAGCGGUAAAGGCUCAUCGUAUCUAUGUUACACCUGUCAAUUUUGGAUUCAUAAGAGUUGCGCUUUGUCACCUACCACAAUUGAGCCUGAUUAUCACCAUCAUCACCGUCUCAACCUGAACUACAAGUAUUUAUCAUCGAAGUUCAGCGACUAUAAGGACCGUUGCAAUAGCUGUCGUAAGGAAAUUAUCGAUGGUUCUUGGGCUUAUCGUUGCGAAGCCCAAUGCAAGUAUUUUGUCCAUUUCGAGUGCGCAAUUUCAACAUUGAGAGGUGGUGGACGUAAGAAUGAAGCAGAAAUGAAGGUAAAUGGUAAGGAUGAUCUAGACAUUAAUUUGAUACGCUUACCGCUGGCCGGUGAUUCCUUAGAUCUAGUUAGAUAUUUUGUUGAGCAUAGUAAUCAAGAAGAGACUAAGGGUGAAACAACGAUCGAUCAUUGGACUCAUGACCAUCAACUAAUCCUUGUCGAUAAGCACCAUAACAAUGAGAUGAAGGAUGUGGUAGUGCUUUUAAGGAUUGUCCCUCAUUCGAAUGCCAAGUUUGUUACUACGCUGUUUGCCAAAGAUGUCUUGAUAAGUUACAUGUUAAGAAUUCCAAAGGGUGGGGAAAAUGAUGGAAGAAUAUGA